ACGAGGGACUCGUGAAGUUCGCGUUAAUUCGGUGCCUCUGAAACCUCGGCUCGAGCUCCUGAAUUACAACGGAUUUCCCACUGGACCUGCUCUCAGCAAGAUUUGUUCAAGCUCUGCCGUCUCCUGUGCACAUCUAAAAGCAACUAAUAAGCAGUAACGUCCAGUGCUCACACGGCUGUGUUGAUGAGAGCUGAAAAAUCAUGGGUAGCUGGAAUUCAUGAAACUGCCAAAAUGUCAUCAAUUCCAGGACUCCCAACCAAAUAUUCAGAUGUAACAGUCCUCAUAAGCAGUGUCCACUUGCAUCCUCUUUGUAUGCUUGUGGAGUUCUGGGGGAAAUUUAGCGAGCAGCGGAAAGCAGAUUAUGAGUGCCUUGCCAGAGAGAUUCAAUCUCCUGGAAACACAUUUCAAGAGUUUGAAGGAAAUCCUGGUGACCAGUGCUUGGCUCAAGUGGACGGUUCUUGGUACAGGUCUCGCAUAGUGUCAAAGAAUGGCUCGAAAUACAGUGUGUUCCUCUUUGACAAAGGGAGAACAUAUAGGACUGCCACAAGUCAGCUGGCAUGGGGCAAGAAGGACCACUUCCACCUGCCACCCGAAGUGGAAUUUUGUGUCCUAGCCAAUGUGUUGCCACUCUCAGCUGAGAAGAAAUGGUCCCCAGUGGCUCUUGAGUUUCUACAAUCUCUCUCUGGGAAGUCUGUGAAGGCACAUGUGCAAGAUGUACUCGUGCCACACAAAACCUUUCUCCUGCACAUCCCUUUCAUAUCAAAACAAAUGUAUGAGAUGGGAAUUGCCAGGAAGCUGUCUCCAGAUGUGUUCCAGGACUUUGUCCUGAUGUCGCUGCAGUCCCACAGUCCAAUGGAGGCGUCAACGGAGACUCGGAUCUCCCUGGCAGCAGGCGAGCGACUGAGUAAGAACGAGGUGUUCAUGUACCCGGAGUUGUCAGCAGGAACUGUGGAGACCGUCAUCGUCACAGAAGUGACGAAUCCCCAGCGGAUGUUUUGCCAGUUGAAAGUCUUCUCGCAAGAGCUGAAGAAACUCUCGGGGCAAAUUACGCAGUGCUGUGAGGGCAGAGCAGCCAAUUGCAUUGUAAGUCCAGAAAUGAUUGGGUUUCCAUGCGCUGCAAAAGGAAGCGACGGCAGGUGGUACCGCUCUGUUCUACAACAGGUGUGCUCAAACAACAAAGUGGUGGGAGUGUUAAAUGUAGACUAUGGAACCAAAGAGUUUGUUCAAAUAGAGAAUGUAAGACCACUGGCUUCAGAGUUCUUCAGGAUGCCUGUUGUGACUUACGUCUGCUCCUUCCAUGGAGUCAAUAACAAAGGGGUUGGAUGGACAUCCAGCCAGAUUGACUAUCUCAAAACCCUUCUUCUGCACAAGAGUGUGAUUGCCAAAUUUGAGUACCAAAGCAUCUCUGAGGGUGUUCACUAUGUCACGCUCUACGGCGAUGACAACUCGAGCAUUAACAACCUGUUUAGUUCCAUGGAUAGCCGUUCUCUGGAGAGUGAAAAAACACUUGGAGAUUAUGCCAUCUGCAACGCUGCAUCCAGUUGCAAGCAACCUGCUCAACAAGAACGCAACCCAGGGAAGAUGCCAACUCGUGCUCAGACUGUGACGGGUACACAAAGGAAAGAAAUGGUGUACUUGCCAACUGAAAACCUUGCACUCAAUUCCUCACACGUGGCAGCAGUUCAUCACAUAUCUGACCCGUCAGAGUUCUGGAUCCAAACACAGACCUAUGCUUAUAAGUUUGAUGAACUGAUGGAUAGUAUCUAUCAUCUGUACAAAGUCCCGGUGGAUAAAGAUGUGGUGAGAAAUCCAACAGUUGGCCUCUACUGUGCUGCCAAAGCAGAAGAUGGUGAGUUCUACAGAGCAACUGUGGCGGAGGGUAGCGGAAAGCAAGUCACGGUGUUCUUUGUGGAUUAUGGAAAUACCAAAGUGGUGGACAGGAGUGACAUCAGGACCCUCCCUGAUGAGUUCAAAAAGCUGCCAUGUCUGUCACUGAAAUGCUCCCUGGCUGGUGUCCGGCCAAAAGAUGGGAAAUGGAGUCAAAGUGCACAAGACUUUUUCCUCAAAGCGGUUAAAGAUAAAGACCUAAAUGUACACGUGACGGCAAAAUACGACGAGGGUUACGUCGUCCAACUAACGGAUCCUGAAGCACAGGAAGAAAGAGAUCUCAGCACACUUAUGUGCAGCUCUGGCCAUGCGGAAAGAGCUGAGAUGCAGGGUCAACCGAAAACAAAUAUGACUAUGCAGCCUGCUAUUCCGCCACAACUCCCAGAUGCCAGGCUCUCGGGUGUACACGGCAACAAAGGAACGUCUUUCCAGACGACCGUAAACCCAGUGGGCGCUGUUGGUAAGGAGACGCAAAUUCCUUCAUUCAAGGAGCACAUGUUUCCCAUCGGAAGUGUCAUUGAUGUCAGCGUGUCCUACAUUGAAAGCCCAAAUGACUUUUGGUGCCAGCAAGUUAAAAAUGCAGGACACUUAAAAAUGCUCAUGCAUGACAUCCAGACUCACUACGCUGGCAGUGAGUUCCAAUCACAUGUGGAAAUGGCGUGCAUCGCCCGCCACCCCGAUAACCAAUUGUGGUACAGGGCCCUUGUAAUUUACAAACGUGAACUGCCACAUUUAGACGUGUUGUUUGUCGACUAUGGCCAGACGGCGACCGUCUCCCGCUGUGACCUGAGGAGGAUCGUCCCACAAUUCCUUUCUCUGCAAGGCCAAGCUUUUCGAUGCAGUCUGUUAAACCCCAUUAACCCCACAUCUGCUGUAAAUGACUGGAAUGGAGAAGCGGUUGCAAAGUUCCGCAGCUUUGUGGACACGGCGGCCUCUACCAACUAUGCCAUUUUUAAGUGCACAAUAUACGCCGUCAUGUACAGCGAGCAGAAGAUCGUUUUCAACAUUGUGGAUCUGGAAACGCCCUUUGAGAGCGUCUGCACCAGUAUUGUCAAUCUGCUCAGAAGUGCCCCUCCCCAGAAAGCUGCGGGGCCAUCUUUCCGUCUGGACACGUACUACUACUCGACGCACAAUGUCAAAACCGGAACAGAGGAACCGGUCACAGUGACGUGUGUGAACAAUGUCCAUGAGUUCUACUGCCACCUCGAGAAAAACGCCGAUGUGAUCAAAGAUCUCAAGAUCAAAGUCAAAAAUCUCUGUCAUCAGCUCGGGACCGUAAAGCUCCCGACUGUCUUUGGAACUUUGUGCUUUGCGAAAUACACGGAUGGGCAAUGGUACAGGGGACAGAUCAAGGCUAUAAAGCCCGCGAUUCUGGUUCACUUUGUGGAUUAUGGGGACACUAUUGAAGUGGACAAGUCUGACUUGCUUCCGAUUCCCAGAGAGGCUAGUGACAUCAUGUCAGUGCCUGUGCAAGCAGUUCAGUGUAGUCUCUCUGAUGUCCCUGCCAACGUGCCUAAUGAGAUGAACCGCUGGUUUGAGACGAGCGCAACGGACUGUAAAUUCAAAGCUCUGGUAGUGGCGCGGGAACCGGACGGGAAGCUGCAGGUUGAACUGUAUCAUGGAAACACUCAGGUCAACUCGAAGAUCAAGAAGAUGUUUCAUACCGAGAAGCAAACCGAAGAGGCUGUUGUCCUCCAGAGUCGGAGAGCGCUCGAGGCUCCAGCAAAUCAUUUGCAAAAGACUCCAAAAGUUGUCCCAAAACAAGCUGCAAACAUGCAGAACGACGACAUGAAUCUGCAGUCUGCGUCAAAGCCUCUGGACGUUGUUUGCAAAAAUGGCCGAAAGAUUAGAGCUGUUCCGUUGGAGUUCUACACGCCUCCACACAAAAGAGAGUCACGUAGCCCAGAAGAUGGCUCGGAGUCGGCAGUAGCCCAUAUCAAACCAAGAAGAGAAAGCCUUCCCACAGAAACGAAACAGCCCAUUGAGUCCAAAUCCCCUGGCACUGGAUUCCAGAUUGAAAGCGCUGUGGAAAAAUACCCUGAACUUGCAGAUCUGCCCCCAAGCUCUAUCGUAUCCGGAAUGGAAGCAGAUGUUUAUGUCUCCCAGUGCAAUAGCCCUCUGAGUUUCUAUGUGCAACUUGUCAGAGAGGAGGAUGCCACAUUCUCCCUUGUGGAAAAGCUAAAUGGUCCCCAACUCACCCCCGAAACCCACAUCGUCAAAGAAGUGCAUCCAGGUGAACUUGUUCAAGCCGAGUUCGCUGAUGAUUCCUCGUGGUACCGAGCGGUUGUAAGAGAGGUCCAAGGCAAAACGAUGGCUCUUGUUGAAUUUGUAGAUUUCGGAAACACCGCAACAAUGCCAAUUUCCAAGAUUAGAAUACUCCAGAAGUCCUUACUGCAGUUUCCCAGCUACAGCACACACUGUAUGCUGAAUGAGGCUGCCGGUCUUGGAAAAGAGGAAGUGCUUGACCCAGAAGUACUGUCGGCGUUCAAAGAAGACAUCGGGAGCAAUGGAGAAAAGUUGCUUAAGUGCAACUUCGUCAGGCAAUCAGGAUCUGUCUGGGAAGUCAGACUUGAAGACAAUGGUGUGAGUGUGAGGUGUAAAGUUCCUCCUCCUGGCUCAACCGACUGCUCUGGAGUGACCUCUGAGGAACCUGAACAAGUCAAGGAACCGCAUGCACAGAUCCGUCAGAACGUGCCAGAGAACUCACCACCGAACUCCUCGUUAUGUUACCAGCAAGAAGAGUUUUUAGAGGGACAGAAGAUGGAGGUCUACAUCACGGCGAUAAGUACCGCUCAGAACUUUUGGUGUCAGUCCGCGGACUCUGAGGACCUCGAGAAGAUCACAUCGAGCGUCUCCAAAGUGUUUGCUGCCGAUCACAAGAGCGUCGACCCGGACUCCAUCGCCCUCGGCAGCCCGUGCAUCGCCCUCUUUUCAGACGAUGGCUUCUGGUAUCGUGCAGAGGUCAUCGGCAGAGAUGGAGGUGAGCUGUCUGUUCUCUUUGUGGACUACGGGAACAAGACCCGAGUCAACUUCACGGACGUGAGGGAAAUGCCCCCCGACCUGACGGGGACUCCUCGACAGGCCUUCUUGUGCGAGCUGGAAGGCUUCGACGCUGCACGCGGAACUUGGCGCAGCGACGCAGUCGAUGAGUUGUCGGCGCUCACGAUGGACAAAGUGCUACAGCUGACCGUCGCCAGAGUAGCCGGAGAAGCGGGUCAAAUCAAACUGCUUGUGCGGCUUGAAUGUGAAGGCCAGGUGAUAAAUGAAGCCCUGAGAACCUGGUGGAGAAGCAGCGCCUCAACGGAAAACCAACCUGCUGCUUCUGGACUGAGCCCUCCAAGCCAAGCACCACUGCAAUGUGAAGAGCGGAGCACGGGGGAGCUUGUCGACCCCCACGCAGAUAUCUUGCCGUGUGACGGCGGCAUGGAUGGAAUUGGGUUACCUCAACUCCAGAACAAAGAUGCCCACGGCAUUUUGACCAUGAGCUGUGACAAGAGUGCGGUGGAAAGUGACAAAGGAGUUGAAGAAGAGGAGAUGUUAGUAAUGGAAAUAAACGAGCUAGACUACUUCAAUUCUCUAUUGGAUGAGAACCCCACCCAGGCCACGGAUGAAUCGGAGGUCGCAACGACCGGUUUGAAGUCUCUGCCAGGAGAGGCUCCCACCGGCAGCGUUGACAUCAUGACUUCUUCUGAUCUGACCGAGGACAGAGAUCACAGCAAGGUUGUCAUGGCGAGGGAUGAUUCUCUGACCAGCGCCGCUACAGUGACCACGAUUCAGGCUGAAGUGCUGCUGCCCGACUGCGUGCUUCCUGCAUUCGACGUCCCUCUCGAGCAGGAGAUUGACGGAGCAGAUGUCCCAAAGGAGGAGCUGCCAUGUGGAACCACACAUGUUCAGAAUGACUUGAUGACCACAGAGGACAACGUGGUUCAUCACGGGGAUGGACAUACAGCCCUGACGGCAGCUACCGAGACGCCGACAGCUGCUCCCCGAGAUCCAGGUGACGAGGUUAAGGAAAAGACCUGUCCUGUGGAGGUGGAGAUCUGCUCUGUGGAGGUGGAGACCUGCUCUGUGGAGGUGGAGACCUGCUCUGUGGAGGUGGAGACCUGCUCUGUGGAGGUGGAGACCUGCUCUGUGGAGGUGGAGACCUGCUCUGUGGAGGUGGAGACCUGCUCUGUGGAGGUGGAGACCUGCUCUGUGGAGGAGGAGACCUGCUCUGUGGAGGUGGAGACCUGCUCUGUGGACGAGGAGACCUGCUCUGUGGAGGAGGAGACCUGCUCUGUGGAGGAGGAGACCUGCUCUGUGGAGGAGGAGACCUGCUCUGUGGAGGAGGAGACCUGCUCUGUGGAGGAGGAGACCUGCUCUGUGGAGGCGACCGGUUCUGUGGAUGCAACCUCCUGUUCAGUGGAGGAGGCGCCCUGUACUGUGGUGAAGGAGGCGCCCUGUACUGUGGUGAAGGAGGCGCCCUGCUCUGUGGAGGCGCCCUGCUCUGUGGAGGCGCCCUGCUCUGUGGAGGCGCCCUGCACUGUGGAGGAGGCGCCCUGCACUGUGGAGGAGGCGCCCUGUACUGUGGAGGAGGCGCCCUGCUCUGUGGAGGCGCCCUGCACUGUGGAGGAGGCGCCCUGCUCGGUGGAGGAGGCGCCCUGCUCGGUGGAGGAGGCGCCCUGCUCGGUGGAGGAGGCGCCCUGCACUGUGGAGGCGCCCUGCUCGGUGAAGGAGGCGCCCUGCACUGUGGAGGAGGCGCCCUGCUCGGUGGAGGAGGCGCCCUGUACUGUGGAGGAGGCGCCCGGCCUGACGGAUGCCUCAACAGACCCCAACCAGCCAAGAGAUGACCGUCUCAGCACGACAUCAGCAGAGGUCCAACAUGAUUCCCUGCGUCCUUGUAGGGAGCUUCAACAACUAUUACCUGAAGCUCUGGGGGAGCCAGAACUGGGAGAGCGCCCCCUGCUGGACGAGGAUGAGCAUAACGAGAAUCAAGACGAGGCCGCGGCUCUUCACCUGACCCGCCCCUUCGCUCUGCUCUCCGACGCCGAGCCACCAGAGGGUGCCGGCCGCCGUCCCCCCGGGAGCGACCCGAUGGGAGAGGAGAGCCGUCGGACUGCCGUCUGCAGAGGUUUACGUCAAGAAGAUGUGAGGGAGGAGGCCGAGCAGCAGGUGCAUGCACCCCCCCGCCCUAGAGAGGACGUCGGCGUGCUGCAGGAAGACGCGUGUUCGUCUGCGGAUGACGGCUUUGAGGCCCAGCUGUCGGGGGUCACUCAUCUCUCUCUGCUGGUCUGCGGCGGCUCUGAGGUCCUGCUGGCGGAGCAGAACCCAGAGGAGUGACCCGCCUCCUCCUGUUCCUUUGUCUCCGACACGGAGCCGCCGCAUGUUAAGUUCAACGUGUCGAGUUCUUUUUGUUCCUCCGUGUCCUUUAGCGUUGUUGUUGCUAUGGGAACGCAGCCCUGAGUGCCCAGUCAGGCUUUGAUAGCAGUUUGUUGUGAUGCACUCUCUUCUAGAUUGUUUUGUGUUGUGUUUACAUGCAUGCGUUAAAGAUUUAUUUGUGUUGGCAAAAUAAAUAUCCGUACAGAU